AACAAUGCCGGCAGGCCGGGAGUGUAAGCACGGUGGUGUCCCUGCUUCCUCUUCCCCCCCCCAGCAGCAGAGAUCUCCAGGAAUCGGUCUGAAGUCAAACAUGAGAUCCUCACACUGAGGAGGAACCCACAGCUGAUCUCAGUCACAGCCAGCCGAGCUGUGUGAGCGGACAAAGACGAGAAAGCGGAGUUUUAACGCUUGUUGUGAUUAGCGCGGCGAGGAGACUCGGCCCGGCUCGCCACGUCCAGAGAGCGGAGACUGUAGACGGGUUUAAGUCUGACAACUUCUUAUCUUUGUCUUUGAACGUGAUAUAAGUGUUACUUCGACCGAGGUGACCGAGGUCGUCGUAACUGCUGCAUGGACACCCGGCCGUCGUGUUGGCGCUGAAGUCCUUGAGUCAGGGAUGUCUGUGGAGGUAGUUGGACCUCCCUCGCCCACUCCCUCUCUCAUCGAGGUGAAAGAAGAGACGCGCUUGGUGCUGAAGAGUUUUCUUCGCAAGGCUCUCUCCGCCGCCCCGGCGGACCGUCCUGGGAGGAUCGGGGGUGAAUACCACGACCCCAACAAGUUCAGUGCAUUGUUGAAGGAGAAGCAGGGGAAAGAAGAGAGUGGGUGGGACUCUCUGGAUGAACAGAUAAGUGCGGCGGAGGAGAAGAAGCAUGGGAUUAAAAACCUGAUAAAGAGGCGAUUGAGGCCGCGUUCGACCGCGUCAGGAAAAUCAAAGAAAGAUGGCAACGCUGACCAAUCACAGAGUAGCCAUUCACAAAAUGGCACUCUGGAGAGACAGUCGGGACAAGAGAAGGGGCUUUCAUCCAAGAACGGCAGCGCUACCAUCAGGUCACUCAUAGAGGAUGAGAAGUCCUCUGCGUCUGAAGAGGAAGGGGAACGAAAAUCGGGUGAAAAGAAGAAAAAGAAGAACAAAAUAAAACUGUCAGACCUUUUUUUAAAGAAAAAGAGCUUUAAGAAAGAAGAUCGUCCUGUGCGGCCAUCUUCGCUUCCCAUCGACAAGGACCAAGGCCCCUCUAAAGCCGCCCUGUCGCCGUCUCACCCUCCUGAGUUCUACGAUGGCGUGGCUCACACUUUGGACCGUAUUGCUCAGCACAGUGUUAAGAGGAAAUCCCCUGUUAAACCUGAACGCAUCCAGCCUAAAGAACAUGACAAAGAGGCUAUAGUCCAGGCGCUUGUUCAGGUGCUGACCACAGAGGGGGACGUGAUCAAUGAGAAGAUUAACGCUAACCCGCUGCUGCGCUCCUCCCUCAACCGUCUGUCCUACGCAUCCUUUGCAAAGCUGCUGGACACGUGUGCCAGUGAAACCGUGGACCCGCCCCUACCUGCUCCGGUAAGCCCCACCCUCCAGCGCGUCGCCAUCACCAUGGAGGUGACCCGGCGCGUCGUCACGGCGACCGGAGUUCCGCAGCGUGUGGAGGGUUUCGCUGAACGCUACAUGGAGAACUUCGCCCCGUGGGUGAAGAGCCACGGAGGAUGGGAGAGUAUCGUCCAGUUGGAGGCUCAGGAGUAUGACUGACCACUAAGCCAUGCAUGUGAAGAAGGAAGUACUCUACCUCAUUAUGAUAUGAUCUUUACACUGUGACCUAUGACCUGUGAGGUAGAGUGCACAACGACCAAGGCAGAGCCAGCAGAGACCCUGAUGUUAGAGAAUUACUGGAGCCAGUUUAAGGGAAGCCUGACCAAGAAGUGACAAAAAAAUGCCAGAGGGCACAAAUAAGCCAGUGAAUGGGGGUGAAUGGAGCUAAAUGGCUAAAAAAAAAACAAAAAUGAAACACGUUUCUAGACAUU